AUGUCCGACCUCAGCAAGGUCUGGUUCCUGACCGGCGCCUCCAGCAACUUCGGUAUCGCAUUGACGCGCGCGUUACUUGAGGCGGGUCAUAAAGUCGUUGCCACUGCCCGCACUCCCUCCAAGCUCCCUUUCGAGACCCACGAUGCGCUUCUGGUACUACCGUUGGAUGUCACGGACUUCUCGUCGAUCUCGCAAGCCUUCGAAGACGCGAGGAGGCACUUCGGACGCAUCGACGUCGUUGUCAAUAAGGCAGGCUUCACCACGCUCGUUGAGCUGGAAGCCCUAUCGGAGGAUAAAGCUCGUAAAGUGCUCGCGUCUCAACUCUGGGGGCCUGCGCGCGUCCAAGAGAUAGCCACUGAGCUUUUCGAGGCCCAGAAGAUCCAGGGUCUGAUACUGAACAUCACGUCUGUCAUGGCUGUCUUUUCCGGUCCUUUGAUAGCUAUCAUGUGUGCUGCGAAAGCCGGAUCCGAAGUUCUGACGCUUGCCCGCGCCCGCUCAUCUCCUUUCGUAACGGCCGUCAACAUUCGCCCGGGUGGAUUCGAAGAUCAUCCAGAGGUUCCUCUAGAGCCCCAACCUCCAGCCUUCACUUCUAAGGACCUAGGUCGCACAUUGGCUGGAACUAUGCGAACGGUAAUGAGCAGUCAGUCUCCUGGCCAAGGAGACGUUCGCAAGAUGGUCAGAGCCUUGAUUGCUCUGGCCGAGCUGUCGAAGGAGCAGCUUUCCGGAGCAGUUUUGCUCGGUAGUGAGGCAUUUGCAAUCUCUCGCAUUGGCGCGAUGAAGCGUGUAGCGAACAUCCAGCACGGACAGCGUAUCAUCAAUGACCUCAAGAAAGCAGGCUCUCAGUCCAAAGAUGCGCGCGUUUGGUUUGUGACCGGUGCGGACUCUACGCUUGGCCGUACUAUAGUGCGCUUGCUCCUUGAUGCGGGCCACCGUGUGGCAGCCGUCAUACCUGACAAUGUGGUCAAUUCCUUAAGUACCAACAUGGAUCAACUCCUUGUCCUGCGCCGUGCAUCAACGAACAGCGUAUCCGACAUCAGCAAACUUCUGACCGAAGCUGCGCAUCAUUUUGGGAACAUCGACGUGGUCAUCAAUACUCCUCCUGGCGGUGUACAGUCCCAACAACCUGGCGAUUGGGAUACGGCAUACGCACUUACCGAGCGCAUCUUCUGGUCACCUAUGAAUACGGCGUCGGCGGCUGUGAAGGUGCUACGAGAAACCAAUCCGCCCGGUGUCGGUGGGCGCAUCUUCAACGUCCUCACCGCCGUCGAUGCAGACGACACAAACACAUCCUCCCUGCAUAGCGCGCUCAACAUCGCCGUGACCGCAGCGACUACAGGGCUUGUCCGUGAGCUCCCUCGGAAGUGGAACAUCGGCGUCUCCGCAAUCAUCAUUGAUCCGGACUUGCACGCGGACGAAGAGACAGCUCAUGUACUCAUGAAACUCGUCGACCUGCCUCAUGCAUCUCUUCCAGGCCAGCUCUACUUCGGGGAUCGCGCGAUCAGGACCGCUCUGCACGCAGCUCAGGUCGAGCUGUCGGAAGCCUGCUCCAAGGACGCAAUGGAACGCGCGAUGAGUACCGACCGAGCCCACAUCGACAGCCGGGCUCGUAUUGGUCUCUUUCAUUCCCUUCUCUCUGUGGUACUCUCACCAUCUCCGUCCGUACUCUCGAAGCUUUUCUUAUUAUUGAGCGCUCUGGGCUGGGGCAUCCGGAUGGUGAUGUUCGAGUCGUUGAGGGGUACCUUUACGCGUAGCUAG